GGUUUAGUGUGCAAGUCGAAUAUAAAUUCUAAAAAAAAAAAAAAACUGAGAAAUUUAAGUAUGAGCAUCAGUCUCAAACGUAAGCUUGAGGCAGAUAUUGAAAUAAGAGCUACUGCUGCAGAUGUCCACUAUGAGAUAUGUUCGGGUAAACCUCAUAACAUUUCACAUGCCGCCCCUCAUUUUAUUCAGGCUGUUGAUUUGCAUGAGGGUGACCAUGGUAAGGUUGGAUCAAAAUGUGCUUGGAAGUACACUUUAGGUGGGAAGCCUUUAGUAGUAAAGAGUGUUCUUGAAGAGAUUGAUGAGGAGAAGAAGUUGGUCAAAUACCGAGCCAUCGAAGGCGACAUGUUGGACGAGUACAAGACCUUCUGUGGUACAUGCCAAGUGAUACCUAAGGAUGAGAAGAACUGUAUAGUGAAGUACAUAUUUGAGUAUGAGAAGCUGCAUUCUGGUGUUCCUGAGCCAACUGCUUGGCUUGAUGCCUGGCUUGCUGCUACCAUAGACAUGGAUGAUCAUCACCAUGGCAUAAAGAAGUGAUGAACAUAUAUAUUAUGUGAAGAUGUUUUAAUUACGUUUAAUCCUAAAAGUUGCAUUAUGUAUGAUCAAAUAUAUUAUAACUAAAUUACCAGUGGAAUAAAUGGCAGCCCUAAUAGACUAUACUAAUUAGGGAUGGCAAGUUGGCAACGGAUCGAAUUUGGACCGGAUUAUGCAUAUUAUUCGACUCCAACUAAUGCACUUUGUUAUUAAUAAUAAUGUCAUGUUUAAUAUAUCAUGUUCAUCUUUAACUGUGGGUGUAAUGUGUCUAGUGCUGACCUUUGUAUGAGUAAUGUGUGACCAUGUGGCCUGUGGGUUCACUAGCAGUAAAUAAUGUCAUGUUUAAUAUAUCAUGUUCAUGUUUAAAUGUUUUAA